CCGCCGAUUGCGACGACGCAGGAGCAGGGCCCACGCCAUCAGGAGGUUUUUUCCCCGCUGUUAAUGCCACGACUAAUUACUGGAUAUGGAUGCACCUACUAUUGCUGCCGCUCUGGCGGGUCAAAAGCAUGUGGGCUUGUUCCCUGGACCCUCACACUCCGUAUCCGGCGGACCGCCCUGUGCCCACGGCGUACCCAGUCAAGCACAAUCCUACACAGGCACUGGCCCACUGUGCGGUACUGUCACUACAAGACAUAUUGCUCACAACCGAAAUUCCGCCAUGCCUCCUCACCGACCUGGCACGUACUAUGUAGAUAUUUUGCAGCACACGGCUCCAACACCCGGCAGCCUGCGCCACCGUUCGCAGCCGUGGCGCCGAGAAGUAUUGUUUGAGUAUGCGGACAAAAAGCCCAAAAAGCACAAGCGAAGUUACCUUUUACAGCCCAUGACAUCAGCCUGCGCGCCAUGCCAUGCCAUGCGUUCCUUCCGUCUCGCGUCAGGAGCGCGCCUCACGCCUUCCGUCAUCCGCGUCUCAACAGAAGGCCGACUGGACUGUGACCAUUCCCAUCCUCACCCCAGAGUGUUGUAGUAGUGUAGAGAUGACAUCCAACCUUGUCCACGUGACUGACAUGCACAAUGACUCCCUCAACCACUCUCAUGCCUUGGCCCGCCUCAUCUCUGUCUCUGCUAAUCCCAUACCCCGCAUAUUUUAUGCUU